AACAGUAGUAGCUAAAAAAAAGGUGCGUUUUCUACCUAAGAAUUUUGGAAGGAAAUUCCAAUCAGAGUAGAACUGUAGAAGAAAAAGAAGAAGAAGAAGAAGAAGAAGAAGAAGAAUGAUGGUGAAAGCUAUCCAGCUUCAGCUAUGCGGGUUUGUUAGUCAACGCUGGACUCUAAAACCUCGAACCUCCCUUUCAAUCUCAUCACUAUCGUCACUCUCCCAAAUUUCACACCCUAACCCCUCUUUCAAACUCCUUCCAACCAUCACCACCCCUCGCAGAACUCGAUUCGCACCGUUUCGUGCUUCCUCAUCGCUUCAAUCUGCUGGGAAUGUUCGAAGUAUCAAGUUUUGUCAAUGGUGUGGUGGUUCAACGAAGCAUGUUAUACCCGAUGGAGAAGAAAAGUUGAGAGCCAUAUGUACAGUUUGUGGGAGAAUUGCCUAUCAGAAUCCCAAAAUGGUAGUUGGUUGCCUCGUUGAACAAGAUAACAAAAUCCUCCUUUGCAAGAGGAAUAUUCAACCAUCUCAUGGUCUUUGGACGCUUCCUGCUGGUUAUUUGGAAAUUGGAGAGUCAGCUGUGGAAGGUGCAAUGAGGGAAACAAGGGAGGAAGCAAAUGCAGAUGUAGAAGUAAUUUCUCCCUUUGCUCAACUGGAUAUUCCUUUAAUUGGCCAAACUUACAUGAUAUUCUUAGCAAAGCUGAAGAAGCCCCAUUUUUCACCUGGUCCAGAAUCAUCAGAAUGCCAACUUUUUGCACUUGAUGAUAUACCUUUUAAUGCUCUAUCCUUUUCAUCAAUGGUGGUUACCUUGAGUUUGUAUAUUGAGGAUAUCAAGGCUGGCAAACCCAAAUUUCAUUAUGGAACCAUUAACAAAAGGCCGGGUACAAGUCCAUCUGAUAUUCAUGCCUACACAUUGAAUCAUCACAUGCACACAUAAACCAUGAUAAACAGUAUACGCCUAGUAUCAUGAUAUUUCCAAACAUUUUGGUGGUUGCAGUUGAGUCUGGAUAUUUGAAGAUUGUUAUUAGAAGAAAUUUAAAUUCUGCAAGCCUGAAGGUGGCUGUAUCUUCUACAAGAACUUGAGCAUACCUGGCUUAAAUUUACCCCUGUCAAAAGAUAGACAGACUGUUUCGAUUCAAGAAACAACCGUAACACAUUAGAUCACUUGUGCUUGAUGCAAUUCAUGAUGGCCAUCAAAUUCAUCGAGGGUUCUUAGAUUUAUAGGCUGUUGCUAUUGUAGAACAGUAGAAGACUGAGACUUGUUUUGUGGCAUAAUGGCAUCACUGAAAUUGUAAACAUGAACAUUCAUCAAGAUAAAUGAAAUUCUUUUUUGAAUUUUUCCUA